AACAAAGAAAAUAAUCUUAGGAGUGUAAGCACAUAAAUAUUUGUAUUGCGAUCUAAGGAAUAUGAAUGAAGAUUAGAUGAGUUUAAUGAACACUUUGAAUUGUGGUGCCAUGAUGGCUGCCAUGGAGAUGGAUGCUGAAUUGCAAAACAAAAAACGUAAGAACGCAAGAUAUUGGGUGAGUCCAUACCUUAAAGAACGGAUAGAGAAGGGAAGGUUCAUGUCCGACUUCGAAGCCUCGAGCAAUUCACCAUGUUUAUUUGUUGAAAACUUUCGCAUGCCAGCAGAAGUUUUCGAUGAACUUUAUGAGAUGUUGGAGCCACGUUUACUUCCGAAACGCAACAGUAGGCCGAAAGAUUUUAUUCCAAUUAAAGCCAAAUUGGCAGUGGUACUGGAAUACGUAGCUUCGGGGGAUUUGCAACGCCACAGUGGAAAACAUAUUAAUAUAAAAGCACCUCCAAAAAGUGGAAUUAUAUUUUAUAACUACAAAGGGUUCCAUUCAAUUGUGUUGCUGGCUACCUGUGAUGCGAAUUAUAAAUUUACCUAUUUGGAUAUAGGUGCUGAUGGAAGCGAAGGCGACUCUCAUAUUAUACGAAAUUCUAAAUUUGGUACCAGAAUUCUGAACGACACCUGUCUGUUUCCUCUUGACAGAGUAAUUAAUAAAAAAAAAAAUUGUCGCAUUUCAUUGUGGGAGACGACGCCUUUCCUUUAUGUAAACGCUUAAUUAAACCGUUUAGCGCCACACAACUCUCGAUAGAGCAAAGAAUUUUUAACUACAGGAUAAGUAGAGCUAGGCGGUGCAUUGAGAAUGCUAUAGGCAUUUUAACUGCAAGAUGGCUUUGCCUUAGAAAACUUUUAUUUUGCAAGCCUGAACGAGCGCAAGUUUUUGUUUCGGCAUGUUGCCUAUUGCAUAAUUUCCUUACAAAUAAGUGUCGCCGAAGGUAUAAUUCAAAUGCGUUUUCUGGUUUUGUAGAUAGC